AUACGACAUAUUUUUUAUUUCAAUGAUUAAUGUCGCACUAAAUUGGUUGUAUGUCGAAACUGAAAACUACGAAACUUGAGAGCACUGUAUAUGAAACCACCGUGUUUUUAACUACUAGGUAUAUAUAUUUCUAUAAUCCUAAUUCUAUAUACAUUUCUCAGUAUCAAUCAUGUCAUUGAAUCUAUCAUUGUAUACUGUCUCGGCCGUAUUGAUACUAGAUAAUGAAGGAUCAAGAUUAUAUGCCAAGUACUAUAAUUCACCAUCAAUUGAAUCAUCAAAUUCUACCAGUCAUACUACUACUACUAAUAAUACUAAUACUAAUAAUAAUAAUAAUAUUAAUUCAGAUCCAUAUUUUCUGACAUUACAACAACAAUUAAAAUUUGAAAAGUCUCUCUUUUCUAAAGUUAAUAAAGUUAAUCAAGAUAUUGUAUUAUAUGAUAAUCAUUUAAUUACUUAUAAACAAACUAAUGAUAUUAUUUUAUUAAUUGUAGCUAAAAUUAAUGAAAAUGAAUCAUUAAUUUAUUCUAUUAUGGCUAAUCUUUUUGAAAGUUUGAAUAUAUUAUUAGAUAAUACUAUUGAUAAAGCAACUAUUUUAGAAAAAUAUGAUAUUGUUACUUUAACUAUUGAUGAAACUAUUGAUGAUGGAAUUAUUAUUGAAAGUGAUCCUGCUAUAAUUGUUAGUAGAGUAACAAAUGCUCCUGCUGCUCAAUUAGAUGGAGUUCAUGUUAAUAUUGAUAAAGGAUUAUUCGAUGCUUUCUCCUUUGCUUCAAAGAAAAUUAGUGAAAGAUUACAACAAGGUUUAUAAUAUUUCAUUAAUCAUAAAUACGCACAAUCCUUUUUAUAUUAGUCUACUUGUUUAUAUAUACUAAAUAUAUGCAUAUUAUUAGCUAUAA